AUGUCACAACCACCUUCAUCAUCUUCAUCCUCGCAACCUAUUCCUAUAUCACCCACCACCUCCCUCCAUCGACAACCAUCCACGUCGGCUAGACCAACUCGUCGACCCAGUAUACAAGGUUCUUCGGCAGGUGGAUCCUCAAUAGUGAGAAGACCCUCGAGAGCCCAACAUCCUCCGAUGGUCACUCCUCAUCGCACUCUCACCCAUCCAGAGGCUUUGGAAGCUCUGAGGAACUUCCUGAAGGAAAGAUCAAGUUAUGACGUUUUCCCUGUAUCGUUUAGGCUGAUCGUAUUGGAUACUCAGUUGAAAGUGAAGAAAGCUUUGGAUGUCAUGUUGUUAUAUGGUGUCGUAUCUGCACCGUUAUGGAAUACAUCCACAGCGAAAUUCGCAGGAAUGUUCACCGUACAAGAUGUCAUCCACUUAAUACAGUAUUACUAUCAUACUUCAUCUUGGGAAGGUGCUACGGCAGAUGUGGAGCAAUUCAGAUUACAUAGCAUUCGAGAUAUCGAAAAAGCCUUAGUCGUACCUCCUCCCCCACUUCUCUCGGUCCACCCUCUCCGACCGCUCUACGACGCCUGUAGAUAUCUCAUCAGAACUCACGCAAGAAGAUUACCAUUGAUAGAUCGAGAUACGCAAACGGGAGGUGAAGUGGUCAUUAGUGUGUUGACCCAGUAUAGGGUAUUGAAGUUUAUCGCUGUCAAUUGCCGAGACAUCACCCAAUACCUGACUGCCUCUGUACAAGAAAUGGGAAUAGGCAGCUACGUCUCUCCCGAGUCCAACCCCAACAAGUACUACCCCUUAGCAACGGCCACGAUGCAGACUACGGUAUUUGACGUGGUUCACAUGUUCUCUGAACAGGGGAUCAGUGCGGUGCCGAUCGUAGAUAGUGAUGGGAAGGUGUUGAACCUUUAUGAGACGGUGGAUGUUAUUACACUGGUCCGAAACGGAGCGUACCAAUCGCUCGACUUGACUAUUUCCCAAGCGCUGAAACAACGAGCAGUCGACUUCCCAGGUGUGGUAACCUGUUCACCCAAAGAUUCGCUAUCUGCCAUUUUCUCCUUGAUCAAGAUAAGAAGAGUGCAUCGAUUGGUAGUGGUUCAAGGCAGGGAUGAUCCGAACCCUGGUAGAUUGGUGGGGAUCAUUAGUUUGAGUGAUAUCAUGAGAGCUUUGAUUGGCCACGACAUACCCCUUGGAGGGGCAGGAGUAGGCGCAGAAGUGGUCGAUAAAGCACUGAGAGAAGAGGAAGCUGAAACUGCAGGAGAUGAUUCGUUUGCUUUGUCCGAAGGAAGUACAUCAGCUGGACAGAGUUUGGAAGGUGUAUGA